UCGCAAGUCAUUGUUACAGAGUUCUCAGAAACUAGCCAAGAAAUGUCGACCCGAAGGAGAAACGAAUACAAACUGUAUUAUUUCAACACGAAGGGACGCGCAGAGCUCGCCCGUUUGAUCCUAGCCUAUGCCAAAGUUCCGUAUGACGACAUUCGCUACGAAAGGGAGGACUGGCCCAAGCAUAAGGACCGAAUGCCUAACGGCCAGCUGCCCGUGCUCGAAUGGAAAGGUCAGCUCUUGCCGGAGAGUCUCGCGAUCGCCCGUUUUCUGGCGCGACGUCACAACUUGGCCGGCACAGACGAAUGGCAAUGGGCCAAGAUCGAUGCAAUGACCGACACCAUCUAUGACACACUCGGUGAGGCAAAGCUGAUUUUCAUGGCCGGCGAGGAUGAAGAAAAGAAGAAAGAGGCGGUCGGCAAUUUCUCGAAGAAUGCCAUCGAGCCGCUGUUUAAACGGCUGGACAAGAUGUUGGAAGACAAUGGUACCGAUUACCUGAUCGGCAAUCAAUGCAGUAUGGCCGAUUUGGCGCUCUUCAGCUGUUAUGACUUUGCUGUUGCACUGUGUGGCGAUCGUCUUCCCAAGUGUCAACACGUAGCGGCUUUGCACGCCCGGGUGGGCCAGAUUCCGAGCAUCAAGGCCUGGAUAGAGAAGCGGCCAGUAACUCCCUUCUAGAAGAGUUAAACAAAAAGAAUGAGUCUAAUACACCAAACGAGCACAAGUACAAA